ACACCCUCUUCUGACGGUUGGUCGGAGCCUGUCUGAGUUCACCUGCAGCAGCACAGUCGUCAUGGGUCGAACGCCACACAGAGAUCAAAAAGAGGAGAAGAAGGAGAGACGGAGCAGCAUCACAGCGGGCUCUGCCCUCGAUAAAUCUAACGAACCGUUCAGCUGGGAGGAUUAUCUGAGGGAGACGUCCUCCACUGCAGCGUCACCGACCUGCUUCAAACAGUCCAGAGUCCCGCCCGCCAAUGACUUCAAAGCAGGCAUGAAGCUGGAGGCGCGGGACCCUCGCAACUCCAACUCGGUGUGCAUCGCCACGGUCAUGGGCAUGAUGGGUACCCGUCUGCGGCUGCGUCUGGAUGGCAGCGACAACACUAAUGACUUCUGGCGACUCAUCGACUCCUCGGACAUCCAGCCGAUCGGAACCUGCGAGAGGAACGGCGACAUGCUGCAGCCGCCGCUGGGUUUCAGGAUGAACGCCUCCUCGUGGCCCAUGUUCCUCCUGCGGACGCUGAGCGGUGCCGAGAUGGCUCCAGCUUCUGCUUUUAAGAAGGAACCAACCAGUCCUGCCAAAAACUACUUCCAGCCUGGUAUGAAGCUGGAGGCGGUGGACAGGAAGAACCCCUACCUGAUCUGUCCGGCCACGGUGGGGGAGGUCAGAGGUCAGGAGAUAUUCGUCAUGUUUGACGGCUGGCGGGGCGCCUUCGACUACUGGUGCCCCUUCGACUCCCGAGACAUCUUCCCCGUGGGCUGGUGUGCUCUGACCAAGCACAGCUUACAGCCACCAGGGAACUUCUUCACUCUGCCCGGUGCGCUCCUCGCUCCCGUUUCUUCCGCCUCAGCGACUCGCCGCUCCUCUUACAACUCGUCCUCCUCCAUGCAGACCUCGUACCGACUGCCUAACCCCUUGCCGCCCCUCCCCGUUCGCAAGGGCGUCCGGGGUCGCCGUCCCAAAUCCCAGACGAUCGCUCUGUUGAAGGCGGCGGCCGAGGCGGCGGCGGCGGCGGCGGUCAAUGGAGCAUCGCCGAGUCCUGCCAGGACGAGCUCCGAGACCCCGCUGGCCCCCAGACCACACAAGAAGCGAGGGCCCAAGCCCAAGAACAAGAAGAAGCCUCGGGUGGUGCAGUCAUUGGGGGCGCCGUCAGUCACAGCUCCACCUCCAGAGACCAGACUGAGCAGCAGCCACGUCUCAGUGGACAACAACCUGAGCAACAGCUCCAGUGUAGUUUGCACAGUGUGUGUCUAUGUCAACAAGCACGGCGACUACGGCCCCCACCUCGACCGGAAGCUAGUGCAGCAGCUCCCGGACCACUUCGGCCCAGCACCAGUCAACGCAGUGCUUCAGCAGGCCGUGCAGGCCUGCGUGGACUGUACCUACCAGCCCUCCGUGCUGCUGUCGUUCCUACAGGGCCAGUCCCAUUCCGGAGGGGAGGUCAUCAGAGUGCGGUCGGAGCACGGUAUCCGCUACAUGAAGCUGCCCUCUGUCUCCAGUGCGUCGUCUGUGCUGCGGUUCCUGGAGAACAUGUGCCAGCAUCUAGAGAGUGACAGUUUAUUCAGCUCGCAGCCUUUCAGCCCCUUCGCCAACAACACACGCUUCUACAACAGAACCAAGUCAGAACCCGUGUCCGUCACAGAGAACGGCCUGUCUAAUGACGAUUCCUCGAAGGACCCGAAUCCCAGCGCCCGGCCCCACCACACCGCCUCAGACUUCAGAGCAGCAAAGAGGGAGCGGCCAUAUUACCCCGGACACACACAAACGCCGCCGCCCCUACGACGCGUCAGCUCCAACCCCACUGAGCUGGUUCCCAUGUGUGCGCACAGACGAGUGGAGGGUAGGGCGAGCUCAACGACGGGUCCAGACCAUGUAAAGCAGGACAAGGAGGGUUCAGCAAGCAGCGCGUCUUCCUGGUCGGUGGACGACGUCAUACGAUUUGUCCAAGAGGCCGACCCACAAACCCUCGGCCCGCACGUCGAACUGUUCCGGAAACACGAAAUCGACGGCAAGGCACUGAUGUUGCUGCGCAGCGACGUCAUUAUGAAGUACAUGGGACUGAAGCUGGGCCCGGCCCUCAAACUCUGUCACCACAUCGAGAAGCUGAAACAGACCAAACAGUAGAGGAGGAAGACGAUUUCCCUCCAGGGACGCAUAGUACAAAGCUGUAGCUACCGAUGAGGACACUGAAGUUGCAUCCCCGGCAUUCUGGGGGAUUUGGGGACUUUUAGCAGCCUGGGGAGAGUUUCCAUUUGUAAAUUUUAUACUGGUGAACUGUUGCGUGAGCUGAGGCCGACCAACUCGCUAAAGUAUUUAGCAUUAUUCCUCAGAACUUUAUUUAUGUGGUCAAGAUGGAAGCAGUCUGUAGACUUUCAUGUUGGGAAAUUCUAUUGUAUUAUUAUACAAAUGUGAAAAAAAAUCACGUAAUUAAGCCUGACAUUUUCUUUCUUGACCUCAGUGUUCAUAAAGUCCUAGUUCCUGCCCUUCCUUAAACAAGGUUUAUUUUUCUUUGUUAAACUUUACAAACCACAGAUACAUAGUACAUGAUCAUAGAGGUAGAGACACAUUUUUGAAUAUCUGUGAAUUUUGUUCAUGUUUGUAUCUUUAUGCCUUAUUCUCUAUAACUGGAGGCUGCGUUUCAUCAGUUCCUAUCAGUUAAAGUCGACGGUUUAUCCUUUCUGUUCUGACAUUCGGCUGGUGAGAUCUUCUAAUGUCCUUUGUGUAGAACUACAGACGAGGAAAUUGAGUUCAGGUACGAGCAGUGGACGUCUCUGCAUCAUUUCUAACAAUGCAAUAAAGUUUCUGAAUGACGGCUCCCGUUACAGACUGUCAAAGCUUGUUUAUGCAUGCCAGCGAAUGUAUGAAGUGCGGUACAGGAUGAGAGGAGUGCCUCAGCCGCGGGGAAAGGGGGACGUUUGAAUCCAGCUGCCGGUGGACUAGUCUUGUUCGAUGAAGUCAAUUACUGAAAUGAUAUUCUGCCACUUGUGCUCAGAUGUGUUUAUUGACAAAACGCAUGCACUUCAGUAUGUGUUAUUCUUACUUAUUGGUGGCUGUUCCAUUUUCGUCAAAAUCCUUGACGAUGUUUUGAGUCUGCAGCACGAACCGGAUACUGAAAGCUGAUUAUUCCUCUUGUUUGUGUUUGUCUGUAUGCUGGAAGACUUUCGAGCUGGACUGUUCCAGCUUGAGCACUUAUGUGGCUACAUGAUUGUAUUAUGCUUUGACAGUCACACACUCACACACACACACACACACCCAUACAGUGACUGAAACACUGACAGUAUUUUGACAUGGUAAUUGACGAUGAAGCUUGAGCGCUAUUCAGAAAGGUAAACAGCACACGAUGGAAUAACUGUUCUGUGUAGAGUUAAGCAAGGAGGCUGUUUUGUUGUUUUUUUUUAUAUAUAAUUUUGUACUGUAACAAAGUGUAUCAACCAGUAUCAAGCGUAAGUGUAAUCAUUUGUUUUCUGCCUGAAAUAGUUUUUGUGUGCACCAUCAAUUAACUACCUACAGGAUGAUAUUGUGUCUGAACUAUUCACGUCACAAAGUAUUUAUCCAUCAUCUCCGAUGGCAGAAAUGCUCAUUUUCUGAACAUUUCAGAACCAUUUUGAACCAAAUCAUGUGUUUUCUAGCUGCAUUUCCCACUGUUGCUCUCCUGUAGUGGUAACAAGUUGAUACUUGAAACCGUCUUGCUUUAAUGUGAAACUCAGGUUUUAGUAAAUUGUUUUACAUCAUUAGCAUUUUUGUGUUCAUUGCCGCAGCGUAGACGGAGCACAAUUGCCAGUUGUUUAUAUUUUUUAAUGCCUUGUCGUCUGUCGCCCCACUGCAUCUCGUGUGUGUGUGUGUAUAUAUCCGACUUUUUACUGUAAAUUCAACAAAAGAUGUUUGUUAAAUAUGUUUGAUAUGCAUUCACACAAUUAAACAUUUGUUUAAAUCA